AUAAUUUGGGGAGGUGUAUGCAGCGCACGGCCCGGUGUUCGCCUUUCCAGGUGGAACUCCAGGAGGAGCUGAAAAGAGGGGGGAACUUAACUGGGACGACUCGGCCAACCUGGAUCAGGACAGGUGAUGGAUGCAAGCCACUACUGAGGAUGCAUGACUAUGCAGCCCAUCUAAGGAAUACCAAACACACUGGAUUCCAUAUUUAAUGCACAUAUUUUCUCUUGACAAGACCAAUUUAAAACAAAAACAAAACAAAACAAUAUAGUUACCAUGACGAGGAGGCUGAUGUGAAGGAGCAACAGAGCCGCAUGCAAGCCAAGAGCCAUCAGUGACCACCAGCACAGAAAUGAAGGAGAAGUCCAAAACGGCAGCAAGGACUAGACGGGAAAAGGAGAACAGUGAAUUUUAUGAACUGGCCAAAAUGCUGCCUUUACCGUCGGCCAUUACAUCCCAACUGGACAAAGCGUCCAUCAUUAGAUUGACCACAAGCUACCUGAAGAUGAGGAUAGUCUUCCCGCAGGGUUUGGGCGAAGCUUGGGGUGUUACAAAUCGAACGAGAUCUUUGGAUAACAUUGGACGGGAGCUGGGCUCUCAUUUAUUGCAGACAUUGGAUGGCUUUAUAUUCGUUGUAGCCCCAGAUGGGAAAAUUAUGUACAUUUCAGAGACAGCUUCUGUCCAUUUAGGACUGUCCCAGGUAGAGUUGACCGGAAAUAGUAUUUAUGAAUACGUGCACCCUGCAGACCAUGAUGAGAUGACAGCGGUUCUGACGCCCCAUCAGCCCUACCAUUCACAUUUUGUACAAGAGUAUGAAGUGGAGCGAUCUUUUUUCCUGAGAAUGAAAUGUGUGUUGGCCAAAAGAAAUGCAGGCCUCACCAGUGGUGGAUACAAGGUGAUCCACUGCAGCGGCUACCUGAAGAUCCGUCAGUAUAGUUUGGACAUGGCACCUUUUGAGGGCUGCUACCAAAACGUGGGCCUGGUGGCGGUGGGACACUCUCUACCCCCCAGUGCUGUCACAGAAAUCAAACUGCACAGCAACAUGUUCAUGUUCAGAGCCAGUCUGGACAUGAAGCUCAUCUUCCUCGACUCCAGGGUUGCCGAGCUGACAGGUUACGAGCCGCAAGACCUGAUUGAGAAAACUCUUUACCAUCACGUCCACAGCUGUGACAUCUUCCACCUCCGCUGUGCCCACCACCUCCUGCUGGUAAAGGGCCAAGUCACCACUAAGUAUUACCGUUUCCUGGCCAAGCACGGCGGAUGGGUGUGGGUGCAGAGUUACGCGACUAUCGUCCACAACAGCAGGUCGUCGAGACCCCACUGCAUCGUCAGCGUCAACUACGUUCUUACGGACACAGAAUACAAGGGAAUGCAGCUGUCCCUGGACCAAAUGAGCCCUACCAAGCCUGCUUUCCCUUACAUUGACAGUCUGAGUGAAGACAGGAAGAGCACAAAGUCACGUCUGACCCAAGCAAAGGCCAAAGCCCGAGUGUCACCCUACCCGCAGCAGUUCUCAGCGUUCAACCCAGAGCGUUCCGAGUCAGACCAGGACAGCCAAUGGGGAGGGAGCCCGCUGACGGAGUCGGCCUCGCCUCAGCUGUUGGAUCCUAGCGAGGCCGCCGAGGCAUCGUGUGCCUACAGACUGUAUCCAGAAUCAGGCUCUCUGUGCUACGGUCUGGGUCUUUUGGAGGAAGAUCUCGCACAUGCUCAGACUCGUCCUCACGCGGCCGCCUGCGAUCGAGCACGAUGUCAAAGCGGACGCUACUUCUUGGGAGCUCCCCAAUCGGGAAGAGAGAUGUGGUGGGACGCCACCCGCUCCGUGCUGUCUUUACCGAAACCAUCUGCAGAGAACAGCGAAGGCUACGAAAUCACGUCCUACCACGGAGCCUUUCACGGACGAGGCCACUGGGAUGAAGAUAGCGUCAUGAGUUCUCCGGAUGGCGGAGGGUCCACCAGUGAUUCGGGUGAGCGCUACCACCAGGACCACUUCCAAGGUAGUCCUCGAGAGCCCAGCAAGAUGGAGACCCUCAUCCGUGCCACACAGCAGAUGAUCAAAGAGGAAGAGAGUCGCCUGCAGCAGCACAAACCCCCUUUGGACGUUUCAAGCCUCACCAAGUCUCACAGUCCGUGUUUUACCUCCUCCCUACCUCAUCACUCGCAGCUCAGCAUGCCAAGCGUAGUCUGCCGAGGCCCAGGAGCCCAGAGCAUCGACCUUCCCUCUGAACGCCUCCAUCAUCGGAUCAAACCGCCAGGUCCUCACGAAAACAACGACGAAAACACAACCAGUCCUGGUUCCCUGUCUCGCAUCAGCAGCCCCAGCUCUGACGGCAUCCCCAGGUCCGGUCUCCCCCUCACCAAAGACUACAUGCAGACCGAUCUGUCCCCGCAUGCGUCACAACCACAAGGGAGCCUUCUGCUCUAUCCAUCCCAGGAGAGGCAGCCUCUAGACAGGCAAGCGGCAUACGCAUUGACUGGGUACUCCCUGGAACACCUGUAUGACCCAGAGAACCUAAGGAAUUACUCCGGACUUGCUUGUGGAGGAGUCCAGUACGAUGUGGCGACACACAUGAGGAUGCAGGCGGAGCAGAUGCAGGGACACAAAGCCACCUCUGUGAUUAUAACCAACGGGAGCUGACAAUAUCUGACACUGAUAGGUCCUGUUCUCUAAAGCAUGGGAAGAUUAUCUACGCUGAGGGAUUGUUCUUGACACUGGAGCAUGCUCUUUUCCAAGAAUGUUCAUGAACUGAUCACAAAGCCAAGAGGCAAAGGUCGAGGUUUUUUUUUUCCCCCCUUCUACAUAUAUGGGGAGAAGAGUGUUAUUUUAAUGGCAGUGAACUGAAUUCCCUUCCUCCUGCAGAGGCGACCGACGUUCCGAGUCUGGUUAAACAUCAAGCCGAUGUUUGCAGCACGAAUGUCUCAUGCGCAAUUGGCUUUGUUGGUUAAUCUAUCGCGGAUUUCCAGUGGCCGUAAGAGAAUGUGUUGCUCCAUCGCCCUUUCACCUGAGAACUCCAUUGCACAGAAAAGUAGGAAUAAUGUUUCACACAAACAUGGGAAAGCAUUUCACCAGUGUAUAAUGUUGAUGGUUCUUUGUAUUUUUUUUGUCUUUAGCUAAUUUCCUGUCCAAAAAGAGUAGUUUCAAGCUAAAUGCUUCUGAUUGUAAAACUUUCACACGUCCAAAAUAUU